UUCAGUCUUUACUCUCAUGUGAGGCCUCCCCUGCAUACCUUGUCUAAAAUUUCACCUCUUCCCUGCAUCUCCUUGUAUACUAUUUUACUAAUUUAUAUAGUUUAUUUCUGUGUCUCUUGCUAGUGUGCAUGAGGCAGGGAUUUUUGCUCUGUAUUUCUGGCUCCUAGAACAGUGCCUCACACACAGGUGGUGUCCCAGAAAUGUUUGUAGGAUAGCUACAGGAAGAGAGAACGCAUGAGCCCAUUUUAUAGAUGAGAAAAUGAUCCGCAGAAAGGUGGACUGGAACCUGGUCUCUCCGCUCCCUGCCCAGGGCUCUCUGGCUGAACCACAGUUGCCACCUCCUCUUCCCCAUAUCCCUGACUCCAGAACCGUCACGUGAACCUCGUGGGUUUGAGCAUUCUGAGCUCCCUCAGAAGCUCCCCUUGUCAGCGGAGUAAUUAUGGAACUCGCAGCUACCUCCGGGCAUUUGCAUGGAAAGGAUGGUCUGGGGUCCUGAGGCUGCCAGCAGACUAUGGGUACAACGGCCAGCACAGCCCAGCAGACGGUCUCGGCAGGCACUCCCUUUGAGGGCCUCCAGGGCAGCGGCACGAUGGACAGUCGGCACUCCGUCAGCGUCCACUCCUUCCAGACCACUAGCUUGCAUAACAGCAAGGCCAAGUCCAUCAUCCCCAACAAGGUGGCCCCUGUCGUGAUCACGUACAACUGCAAGGAGGAGUUCCAGAUCCAUGAUGAGCUGCUCAAGGCUCAUUACACAGUGGGCCGGCUCUCGGACGCCACCCCUGAGCACUACCUGGUGCAAGGCCGCUACUUCCUGGUGCGGGAUGUCACUGAGAAGAUGGAUGUGCUGGGCACCGUGGGAAGCUGUGGGGCCCCCAACUUCCGGCAGGUGCAGGGUGGGCUCACUGUGUUCGGCAUGGGACAGCCCAGCCUCUCAGGGUUCAGGCGGGUCCUCCAGAAACUCCAGAAGGAUGGACAUAGGGAGUGUGUCAUCUUCUGUGUGCGGGAGGAACCUGUGCUGUUCCUGCGUGCAGAUGAGGACUUUGUGUCCUACACACCUCGAGACAAGCAGAACCUUCAUGAGAACCUCCAGGGCCUUGGACCCGGGGUGCGGGUGGAGAGCCUGGAGCUGGCCAUCCGGAAAGAGAUCCACGACUUUGCCCAGCUAAGCGAGAACACAUACCAUGUGUACCAUAACACCGAGGAGCUGCGAGGAGAGCCCCAUGCCGUGGCCAUCCAUGGUGAGGACGACUUGCAUGUGACGGAGGAGGUGUACAAGCGGCCCCUCUUCCUGCAGCCCACCUACAGGUACCACCGCCUGCCCCUGCCCGAGCAAGGGAGUCCCCUGGAGGCCCAGUUGGAUGCCUUUGUCAGUGUUCUCCGGGAGAUCCCCAGCCUGCUGCAGCUCCGCGAUGCCCACGGGCCUCCCCCAGCCCUCGUCUUCAGCUGCCAGAUGGGUGUGGGCAGGACCAACCUGGGCAUGGUCCUAGGCACCCUCAUCCUGCUUCACCGCAGUGGGACCACCUCCCAGCAAGAGGCUGCCCCCACGCAGGCCAAGCCCCUGCCCAUGGAGCAGUUCCAGGUGAUCCAGAGCUUUCUCCGCAUGGUGCCCCAGGGAAGGAGGAUGGUGGAAGAGGUGGACAGAGCCAUCACUGCCUGUGCCGAGUUGCAUGACCUGAAAGAAGUGGUCUUGGAAAACCAGAAGAAGUUAGAAGGUAUCCGACCGGAGAGCCCAGCCCAGGGAAGCGGCAGCCGACACAGCAUCUGGCAGAGGGCGCUGCGGAGCCUGGAGCGAUACUUCUACCUGAUCCUGUUUAACUACUACCUUCAUGAGCAGCGGGAGGACGAUCUGGUCUCCCAGGACGCGCUCAGCACUGUCAGAGAGAUGGAUGUGGCCAACUUCCGGCGGGUGCCCCGCAUGCCCAUCUACGGCACAGCCCAGCCCAGCGCCAAGGCCCUGGGGAGCAUCCUGGCCUACCUGACGGACGCCAAGAGGAGGCUGCGGAAGGUUGUCUGGGUGAGCCUUCGGGAGGAGGCCGUGUUGGAGUGUGACGGGCACACCCACAGCCUGCGGUGGCCUGGGCCCCCUGUGGCUCCUGACCAGCUGGAGACCAUGGAGGCCCAGCUGAAGGCGCAUCUAAGCCAGCCUCCCCCAGGCAAGGAGGGCCCCCCGACCUACAGGUUCCAGACCUGCCUCACCAUGCAGGAGGUCUUCAGCCAGCACCGCAGGGCCUGCCCUGGCCUGACCUACCACCGCAUCCCCAUGCCGGACUUCUGUGCCCCCCGAGAGGAGGACUUUGACCAGCUGCUGGAGGCCCUGCGGGCUGCCCUCUCCAAGGACCUAGGCACUGGCUUUGUGUUCAGCUGCCUCAGCGGCCAGGGCCGUACCACGACUGCGAUGGUGGUGGCUGUCCUGGCCUUCUGGCACAUCCAAGGCUUCCCCGAGGUGGGUGAGGAGGAGCUCGUGAGUGUGCCUGAUGCCAAGUUCACUAAGGGUGAAUUUCAGGUGGUAAUGAAGGUGGUGCAGCUGCUGCCCGAUGGGCACCGUAUGAAGAAGGAGGUGGAUGCGGCGCUGGACACCGUCAGUGAGACCAUGACGCCCAUGCACUACCACCUGCGGGAGAUCAUCAUCUGCACCUACCGCCAGGCGAAGGCAGCAAAAGAGGCGCAGGAAAUGCGGAGGCUGCAGCUGCGGAGCCUGCAGUACUUGGAGCGCUAUGUCUGCCUGAUUCUCUUCAACGCGUACCUUCACCUGGAGAAGGCCGACUCCUGGCAGAGGCCCUUCAGCACCUGGAUGCAGGAGGUGGCAUCGAAGGCUGGCAUCUACGAGAUCCUCAAUGAGCUGGGCUUCCCCGAGCUGGAGAGCGGGGAGGACCAGCCCUUCUCCAGGCUGCGCUACCGGUGGCAGGAGCAGAGCUGCAGCCUCGAGCCCUCCACCCCCGAGGACUUGCUGUAGGGCGCCUUACUCCCUGUCCCCCCACCCACAGGGCCCCACAGAGGCCUGGGGUGUAAGAUGCUCUUGGCUGGGAGCGGCCCUGAGGGGUGCUGGCCUUGAAAUGAUUCCCCCGCUUCCUAGAGAGACUGGGCAGAGUUGGGAGCCUUUUUAGAAAGAACUUUUUAUAGGACAGGGAGACAGCACAGCCAUCCCUUGCAAACCACCAAGGUGUGUGGCUGACCUCCAGGGAGGAGCACUCACUGGAGUGCUCACAAGGUGCACACUGCUGUGUGCACCUUGCAGACAGGCUGGCGUUCAGCCUCCAAGGAGCUCACUCCCCCAGUUGCCAAACACUGCGGAUCUCUCUGUCUUCUUCUCCCCGCUCUCAGAUUGGCCUGGCAGCCCCUGGCACAGAGGAGACCCGGCCGCUGGUAGCUCCCCACUUCCUUACUCCUGCUGCUCUGCCAUUGCCGCUCCGCUUCUUGCUGCCCAAGCACUGCCCUCGGGCGUCUGGCGGCCUGAGGUGGGUGGAGGGGACAGUGUUCUGGAUAGAUCUAUUAUGUGAAAGGCAGCUUCACCCAGUUUUCUGGACUCUCAUGCCCCCAUCUCCAACCUGGGAGACUUCAGGGAGGACAACCUACCCGGCCUGGUGGGGCUGGCAGGAUGGUGGAGGUUUCUCAAGGAGCUGGAGACCUCAGGGAGCCCCUCUCACGGGGAGGAAGGAGCUUCCAGGAGGCGAACGCAGCACAGAGGAAGAGGCCUGCUCCACUUGCCUGGGAACCUGGGCAGGAGGCACAGAGGAAGCCAAGACCUGGAGCUGCAGGUCCCCCGGCACCUCUCUCUGUCCCGGCAGCCCAGGAUGGCCUGGUGCCCCCACCUGCUGCAGCAGGAGCCCCAAGGAGUGCUGGCCGAGGGCGGUUGCUGGGGUGGUCCUCAUGGACAGUGAGGUGUGCAAGGGUGCACUGAGGGUGGUGGGAGGGGAUCACCUGGGUUCCAGGCCAUCCUUGCUGAGCAUCUUUGAGCCUGCCUUCUGGUGGGAGCAGAAAAGGCCAGACCCUGCUGAGUUAGAGGCCGCUGGGAUCCACUCAUUCCACACAGCGGGAAGGCUGCUGGGAACAGGUGGCAGAGAAGUGCCAUGUUUGAGUUGAGCCUUGCAGCUCUUCCAGCUAGGGACUGGUGCUUGUUGAAACCCAGGAGCUGAACAGUGAGGAGGCUGUCCAUCUUGCUUGGCUCACUGGGACCAGGAAAGCCUGUCUUUGGUUAGGCUCAUGUACUUCUGCAGGAAAAGAAAAACAAACAAAAAAAAAACGAUGUGUCAUUGGUCAUGAUAUUUGAAAAGGGGAGGAGGCCAAAGUUGUUCCCAUUUACCCAGUAUUGGAAAAUAUUUGACCCCCUUGGCUGAAUUCUUUUGCAGAACUACUGUAUGUCUGUUCACUACCUUUUCAAGUUUAUUGUUUUUAUUUUUGCAUGAAUUAAGACGUUUUAAUUUCUUUGCAGACAAGGUCUAGAUGCAGAGUCAGAGAUGGGACUGAAUGGGGAGGGAUCCUUUGUGUUCUCAUGGUUGGCUCUGACUUUCAGCUGUGUUGGGACCACUGGCUGAUCACAGCACCUCUCUGCCUCAGUUUCCCCAUCUGUAAAAUGGGAGAAUAAUACUUGCCUACCUACCUCACAGGGGUGUUGUGAGGAUUCAUUUGUGAUUUUUUUUUUUUUUUGUA